GACAACGACUCCGGCAUGGAUUGGCCUCUACGGCUGCCGGCCGGCGCGACCGUGCUAUUGCUACUCGCCAUGGCAUCCCAUGAAAGCAUGGCCACUGUCAUCGACGUUGGUGUGAAUUGGGGAUCGCAGCUGUCGCAUCCACUGCUGCCAUCGUCUGUUGUACAUAUGUUGAAGGAGAACGGCAUCUCCAAGGUGAAGUUGUUCGACGCUGACCCAUGGCCCAUCGGCGCGCUCAUCGACUCCGGCAUCGAGGUCAUGCUCGGUAUCCCAAACAAUAUGCUGGAGACGAUGAAUAGCUAUGGCAAUGCCAAGGAUUGGGUCAAGGAGAACGUCACCAGCUACGGCGACAAGCUCAACAUCAAGUAUGUCGCUGUCGGGAACGAGCCAUUUCUCAAGGCGUACAAUGGAUCGUUCAUGAAGACAACCUUCCCGGCACUAAAGAACAUCCAAAAGGCAUUGAACGAGGCUGGUAUUGGUGGCAAGGUGAAGGCGACAGUCCCACUCAAUGCCGAUGUGUACGUCUCGCCGGACAACAAGCCGUCCUCUGGUGUUUUUCGGCCUGACAUCGAGGACCUCAUGACAGGCAUGGUGAAGUUCCUACAUGACCAAGGGGCACCCUUUGUCGUCAACAUCUACCCAUUCCUCAGCCUGUACCAGAGCGACGACUUUCCAUUUGAGUUUGCCUUCAUCGAUGGUGGCAAGACCAUCCAGGACAAGGGUGGCAUCAGCUAUUCCAACGUGUUCGACGCCAACUUUGACACACUUGUCACCGCGAUGAAGAAGGCCGGUGUGCCCAACAUCAAGGUUGUCGUUGGGGAGGUCGGUUGGCCAACGGAUGGUGACAAGAACGCUAACAUCAAGCUCGCACGACGCUACUAUGACGGUCUCCUGAAGAAGCUUGCUAAGGAGGAAGGCACCCCGCUCCGCCCAGGCAAGAUGGAUGUCUACAUGUUUGGCCUAUUCGAUGAGGACAUGAAGAGCAUCCUCCCUGGUAACUUCGAGCGGCACUGGGGCAUCUUCACCUACGACGGCAAGCCUAAGUUCCCAAUGGACCUAACCGGCCACGGCAACGACAAGUUGCUCGCCGCCGUUCCUGCUGUUCAGUACCUCCCAAAACAAUGGUGUGUGUUUGACGAUGAGGCCAAGGACAAGUCCAAGCUUCCGGGCAACAUUGAGUACGCCUGUGCUAGUGGUGACUGCACAGCGAUCGGCUAUGGUUGCUCUUGCAAUAGCCUCGAUGAGAAGAGCAACAUCUCCUAUGCAUUCAACAUGUACUUCCAGAUGCAGGACCAAGACGUGCGCGCCUGUGACUUCGACGGCCUCGCCAAGAUCACCGAAAAGAAUGCCUCCGCGCAUGGCUGCUUGUUCCCGAUCCAAGUCAUUAGUGCCGCCAACCAUAUCGCGACACCGGUCGUCAUUAGCUUUGCAGCGUUGCUAGCAGUGUUGAUGGUUCUGGUGUGAGGACAGGGUACGAGCGUGUCAUACAUGCAUAGAGAGACAAAUGUGUUCUGAAUUGAAUCGCCCAUUUUUUAGUGUACAAAUAUGUUGUGAAAUUGUAAGUUAUGCAUGCAAGGUGUACAUGUGCUUAAUUUUCUCUUCUCUUUUAUUUUAGCGUGUUUCGGUAGAAAAUUAAAUUGGAGAUGUUAUAGGCGAUCUAGGCAAACUGAUCCAAGUAAUAAUUCUAUAGUACUCCCUCCAUCCCAUUAUAUAGGACGUAUAGGAAUUUUUGCUCCAUCCUGAUAUAGAAGGCGUCAUCUCCUUUUCUCCAGUUCAAUGCAUUUUGUUCUAUACAACAAUAAAG